UUCCUUCAUUAACCGACUUGAAAUCGGUAUAUAAAAAGCCCUCACAAGUAAAAUCAAUUCACUUGCAUUCUGACGAGAGGCGAAUAAUGAAACUGGUGAUUCUGUUUGUUGCACUCGUGGCCGCGGCAAUGGCCGCUGUGAUGGACCAAGAAGCCUUUAAUUAUGAUCUUCUCUAUGGUUCACGGUUCAAGCAGGAAAAACGGUGCUUGGGCUGGCCGGAAAUGGCAGGCAGAACGUACAUGAGUUGCAGAAAUAAGCUGUGCACAUUUAAGUGCCUAGAGGGUUAUCGCUUCCCAGGAACAAACUUAAAUGUAACAACAGUGGAGUGCCGUGAUGGCAAAUGGGUUCCGGCAGAGGAAAGUUGGCAAUCAGUUCCAGACUGUGAACCCGUCUGCGACCUUCCUUGUCAGAAUGGUGGAAGGUGUUAUGGAAAAAACAGGUGCAUUUGUUCUAACAAAUUCCGCGGACCGCAGUGCCAAUAUGAUGAAACUCGUUGCGCUAUGCGUGACUUUUAUGAAAGAGGCUUCAACGGACAUAUCAAUUGCACUGUAAACUCAGAUUCUCUUGCAUGCAAUUUGGCAUGUGGAAGUCACAGCCAAUUUUCAUUCCCACCCGCUAAAAAAUACACUUGUCGCUAUGAAACUGGCGAAUUUUUGCCACGUGUCUUUCCAACUUGUGAGUAAUUAGCAUAUGAUUAUUUAUAAUAACUUUGACAAAAUAUGGUAACAAUUAAAUUUGUCUAUAAUUAACAGCAAAUAAAAAAGGGCUUGGUUAUUCA